GUCAACAUGGCUCCUGUCGAUCAGUUCACUGUGUAUUUAGUUACAGCUGGAAUUGUUGGAUUUAUCCUGCUUAUUGUCACAUUGAUUAACAAAUUUAGCCCAGAUUCAAAAAAGAAGAAAGAGGGAGAUGGUGCACCAGCAAGAAGACCUGCACCAGUUAACACAGAUGCUCCUGCAGCUGCCAGACACCGUGCUGGGAGGAGACAGAGAAUGGUAGCAAGGGAAGAACCAGAGGAAGAAGAAGAAGAAGAUAUUUUCGCUGAUUUUGCUCAACCAGAGAAAAAAGUUGGUGCGAAGAAGUUGAAAAAACUUCAGGAAAAAGCUGAUAAAAGAGCUGCAAGGGAGGCAGAAUUUGAAGAAAGGAGAGAAAGGAAGGAAAGGGAAGCUGAAGAAGAAGAGAAAAGGAAGGAAAGAGAGGUCAGACAGAAGGAAGAAGAUGCCAUUGAGGCUGAAAGGUUGAAGAAAGAAAAAGAAGAGCAAGAAAAAAGGGAGCAUGAAGAAUAUUUGAAAUUAAAGGAGAUGUUUAGCGUAGAUGAGGAGGGUGAAAAUGAAGCAGAUGUUGAUUUAGAUUCUCAAUCAUUACUACAAGAAUUUAUACAAUAUAUAAAAGAUAUGAAAGUUGUAAUGUUAGAAGAUUUAGCAGCACAUUUUAAAAUAAAAACACAGGAUUGUAUACAGAGGGUACAAGAGUUACAAUCCUCUGGGGAACUGACAGGCGUUAUAGAUGAUCGAGGAAAGUUUAUUUAUAUCACACGAGAGGAGCUGGAAGACGUGGCUAAAUAUAUAAAACAACAUGGCCGAGUGUCGAUCACAGAUCUGGCUAAGUCAAGUAAUAGACUGAUAAACCUUAAUCCUGAUAAUCAACAAACUCAUAAACAAAUGAUGGAAACCAUAGCCGCUUGAGAAUGAAAUAAAAAUGGCUGAUUUUACGCCAAUAUUCUUAGGAAAACUGCAAAGGAAUAAAUAUGAGGCAAUGGGAAAAAGUAGAAAAGGUCUUCAUUUUACGUCAUUUAAUUUAUUCUUCUUAAGAGCAGUCUGUGGAAGCCAUUGCAACUUGUUUUACUCUCUGAAGUGAGUGAGAGUGUAUUUUUUAAUAUCUUUUAGUAAAUAGUAAUUUCAAGAUGACGGCUAAUCCUCUGAUUUCUUUAAGUUAAGAUGAUGGAUACCUUAGUGUUUUGAAAAUCACCGAUUUAUGCCGCAGCACUUUGCUUUUGAGGGAAUUUCAGGACCCUUCAAUGACAGUUUAUUUCACUUUUAUUGAAAUUAAGAGUGCAGUGCCAAUUUCUCUAAAUAUUUUAUUAUGGAAGUUAAAGUAAUGUACUUUAUUUUGGAUGUCUUCCUAUGAAGAAUUCACUUUGAAUUGGGGCCUGUUUUUUUUUUAAUACUGGUAACUGUUUUACAUGGUAUACUGUGUUAAAUGUAUAUUUUAGAUAUUUUGUUAAUAAAAUGGUUCUUGGUUA